AGUGCUGCUGCUGCUGCUGCGUCCCGCCAAAGCGCCCCCGGGCUGCCUGGCGCCCCAUGCUCUGCUCCAUGGCGAACUCCGGCUGCCUCCUGCUCCCCAACUCCGCCUUGCUCCCCCACUCGCUGCCGGGGCCCCCUGCCUUCCUCUACCUCCAGCAGGGCAACCAGGACGCCACGGCUCCUCCUGACGCGAUGGCCCAGCCCUAUCCCCCGGCCACAUACCCACCGCCUCCCCAGAAUGGCAUCCCUGCAGAGUAUGCUCCUCCGCCACAUCCACACCCGGCACAGGACUACUCAGGGCAGAGCACAGUACCUGAGCACGCCUUGACUCUCUACACGCCAGCACAGAGCCACCCUGAACAGCCCGGCACCGAUGCCAGCACGCAGUCCAUAGCAGGCACACAGACAGUACCGCAGACAGAUGAAGCGGCACAGACAGACAACCAGACGCUACACCCAGCAGAGAGUGGUUCUGACAAGCAGCAGCCAAAGCGAUUGCACGUCUCCAACAUCCCCUUCCGCUUCCGGGACCCUGACCUGCGGCAAAUGUUUGGGCAAUUUGGAAAGAUCCUGGACGUUGAAAUUAUCUUCAAUGAGCGCGGUUCUAAGGGUUUUGGGUUUGUAACUUUUGAAACUAGUGCAGAUGCCGAUCGGGCAAGGGAGAAGCUGAACGGCACCAUCGUAGAGGGACGCAAGAUUGAGGUCAACAAUGCCACAGCACGAGUGAUGACAAACAAAAAGGCAGCCAAUCCCUACACAAAUGGAUGGAAGCUGAACCCUGUGGUGGGGACUGUCUAUGGCCCAGAGUUCUAUGCAGUGACAGGUUUCCCAUAUCCAGCCACAGGAACAGCAGUAGCAUAUCGGGGGGCACACUUGCGGGGGCGGGGGCGCACAGUCUACAACACGUUCCGGGCAGCUCCCCCACCUCCACCCAUCCCCACUUAUGGAGCAGUGGUUUACCAGGAUGGAUUCUACGGUGCUGAAAUUUAUGGGGGUUAUGCCGCCUACAGAUAUGCCCAGCCUGCAGCAACAGCAGCAGCUUACAGCGACAGGGUUGGCAACUCUGCGAUCCCCCAGUUUCUAACGCUGCCCCCUGUGUUCGCUCCUAGUUACGGCAGAGUUUAUGCAGCUGCAGAUCCUUACCACCACACCAUCGGCCCUGCUGCCACCUACAGCAUUGGCACCAUGUGAAACCUUCAGCUGUUUCCUUCUGGGACCAGGAAGGGCACAAAUUUUUUUAAAGCAAAGCAACAAAACAAUUACAAAACUAUACAAGCCAAGCGACCGAGUGAAAGCCCCCUUCUGUCCACACAUGCGCCCCCCCAAAGCGAAAGGCCAACCGGAGCGCAGCAACCGACCGACCCACCGGACAGAGAGGACGGCAGCUGCCCACAGACUCUACAAAGCUGUCCAUGCCCGGGAGACCCGUGCCCUGCUCCCUUGCCCCCUCCUCUUCAGCGGCAGACUAUGGAGCCAGGAGGGACAGGCACUCUGACACAUGGACUGGACUCUGGAGGCCCCGAGGCCACUACGUCUUCCUUUCAACCCCCCUGGAGAAGAACUGCGGCCAGCCCCCACCGCAGACUAACGCCACGAGCGCGCCGGCAGGGCUAGCGAUCCUGCUUUUUGCUUCCCAGACCCUUCGCCUGCUUUUUGUGCUUUGCUGGUUCAUCCAUUUGUCAAGUUGGUCUUGGGGAUUCCCAGGCCAAGCCAGGGCAGGGGCUUUGGGGGUACAGCUAGCUUAUCCCAGUGGGUGGGAAUCCCGGGUUUUAGAGGGGGUUUUCUUUGAAGAGAUUGCACUUUCCCCUCCCCCUGAGGAUCCCCGCUCCCACCAGCCCCUUUGGGGUCAGGAUCCCUAUCACCACUCUCCCCAGCCCCCAUUCACAUUCCUCAUUCCUCUACCAUCCACACAGCAGGCCUGGCUGAUCUCUUUGUGGCUCACCUGAGAGCUGAGAUUACCUGAGAUAACCCCUGCCUCCUGAGCUGUAAGGCCCCACAAAGACAGGGCCAGAAAGUACCGCACACCCCUUAACUGUGCUAGUGGUAAGUGGAAAAGGAAGAGAAGCAGGAGGUACCUGGGGUAUAUGCAUAUUCCUAAAGGACUGCAGGGCCAAGUGAGAGACAGAACAUUGCAGCACCCCCACUUUGGUGGCAGCAGUGGCAGAAGCUGAGGCAGGGGGAACCAGGGUCAUGAUGAAAUAAGAACUGUUUUGCUGAACGAAUGGAGCAAACAUUUUAGCGAGCCUCAGAGGCUGCUCUGAAAUGGGGGAAUCCCCUAUUCCUCCAUUUCCCUCCCUGCCACAGCCCUUGGUGGGAGGACUGCAUGCCUUACAGCCUGCCUUCCUCCAUCAUAUACGACCCUGGAGCCAGAUGGACUCAGGGCAUCCCUUCCUCACCCUACCCCCACUGCCAGCCCAUCCCUGACCCCACCUGGGCUUAGUCAUCUCAUGAAACCUCACUUUCUAUUCAGCAUUAAAGCUCCUGACACGCCAGCAACCAGAUGAUCCUCCUUUUCUAUUCCCGUUGUACAUAGCCCCACCCUUUACCACUCCUGCCCCCCUUGUAUAAAGCCCCUCCUCCCAUUUGCUGCCGUUUCUCCCACCCUGGGAGCAUCAGCCACCCGCCCCAUUCUGUAUGCUUCUAAGGUGUGAACAUUCAAAUAAACAGUAUUAUUAUUAUUUAUUGAUGAUUAUUAUUACUAUUAUUAUUAAGAUUAUUAAUAAAGGUUUCUUUCUUCAA